CUGUUUCUCAGCAGGUUCCCUGGAGCCCCAGGGACACCUGGAGGGAGCCCCGAGGGGACAGAGAAAGGGCUGCCUUGGGCUGCUCCUCUGCUGCUGAGCUGGGCUGGGCUCCUGGCACGGAGGGAGCUGGUGUGCCCCAUGCCCAGAGGCAGCAGAUGUCCAACAGCAGCUCCAUCACCCAGUUCCUCCUCCUGGCAUUCGCAGACACACGGGAGCUGCAGCUCUUGCACUUCUGGCUCUUCCUGGGCAUCUACCUGGCUGCCCUCCUGGGAAAUGGCCUCAUCUUCACCACUAUCGCCUGUGACCACCAUCUCCACACCCCCAUGUACUUCUUCCUCCUCAACCUCUCUGUUCUUGACCUGGGAUCCAUCUCCACCACUGUCCCUAAAUCCAUGGCCAAUUCCCUGUGGGAUACCAGGACCAUCUCCUACUCAGGAUGUGCUUCUCAAGUCUUUCUGCUUGCCUUUUUCAUUUCAGCAGAGUUUUCUCUCCUCACCAUUAUGUCCUACGACCGCUACGUUGCCAUCUGCAAACCCCUGCACUACGGGACCCUCCUGGGCAGCAGAGCUUGUGUCCACAUGGCAGCAGCUGCCUGGGGCGCUGGGUUUCUCAAUGCUCUGCUGUACACGGCCAAUACAUUUUCCCUGCCCCUCUGCCAGGGCAAUGCUGUGGAACAGUUCUUCUGUGAAAUCCCUCAGAUCCUCAAGCUCUCCUGCUCACACUCCUACGUCAGGGACGUUGCACUUAUUGAUGUUAUUGCCUGUUUAUGUUUGGGCUGUUUUGUUUUCAUUGUGGUGUCCUAUGUGCAGAUCUUCAGGGCAGUGCUGAGGAUCCCCUCAGAGCAGGGACGGCACAAAGCCUUUUCCACGUGCCUCCCUCACCUGGCCGUGGUCUCCCUCUUUAUCAGUACUGCAGGGUUUGCCCACCUGAAGCCCCCCUCCAUCUCUUCUCCGCCCUUGGACCUUCUGGUGUCAUUUCUGUACUCAGUGGUGCCUCCAGCACUGAAUCCCCUCAUCUACAGCUUGAGGAACCAGCAGCUCAAGGAUGCAGUGUGGAAACUGAUAACUGGAUGGUUCUCUGAAGCAAUGAACUGCUCAUCACCUUCUUCAUAG